UUGUGCCCUGAGGAUCCAACCCCUCAACCUUGGUGUAUCGGGACGGGACGAUGCUCCAACCACCUGAGCUACCUGGCCAGGGCAGGAUAUCUGCAGCUUCAGCUAUCUGACUUCAUGUGAAAGAUGGCUAAUGCGGAAGUGAGUGUCCCAGUGGGGGAUGUGGUUGUGGUACCCACUGAAGGAAAUGAAGGGGAGAACCCUGAAGACACUAAAACCCAAGUGAUAUUGCAGUUACAGCCUGUGCAACAAGGUUUGUUUAUCGAUGGACACUUUUACAACAGGAUUUAUGAAGCCGGGUCUGAGAACAAUACGGCAGUUGUGGCAGUAGAAACUCACACAAUACACAAAAUUGAAGAAGGGAUUGAUACAAGUACUAUAGAAGCAAAUGAGGACAUGGAAAUUGCCUACCCCAUAACUUGUGGGGAGAGCAAAGCCAUUCUUCUGUGGAAGAAGUUUGUAUGUCCUGGAAUAAAUGUGAAGUGUGUCAAGUUCAAUGAUCAGUUGAUCAGCCCCAAGCAUUUUGUUCAUCUGGCUGGCAAGUCCACCCUAAAGGACUGGAAGAGAGCCAUUCGUUUGGGUGGAAUUAUGCUCAGGAAAAUGAUGGACUCUGGACAGAUUGAUUUUUACCAACAUGACAAAGUUUGCUCCAAUACCUGCAGAAGCACCAAAUUUGAUCUCCUUAUCAGCAGUGCAAGAGCUCCAGUGCCAGGACAGCAGACAAGUGUGGUGCAGACACCCACUCCGGCCGAUGGUAACAUCACACAGAUUGCUAUCUCAGAAGAGAGCAUGGAAGAAGCAGGGCUGGAAUGGAACUCAGCUCUCACUGCUGCUGUCACCAUGGCCACAGAGGAGGGAGUGAAGAAAGACUCAGAGGAAAUUUCAGAGGACACUUUGAUGUUCUGGAAAGGAAUAGCUGAUGUAGGCCUGAUGGAAGAGGUUGUAUGCAACAUACAGAAGGAAAUAGAGGAACUACUCAGGGGGGUUCAGCAGCGGCUCAUCCAGGCUCCCUUCCAGGUCACAGAUGCCGCUGUUCUCAACAAUGUGGCACAUACGUUUGGCCUAAUGGACACAGUUAAGAAGGUUUUGGACAACAGAAGGAACCAAAUAGAGCAGGGAGAAGAGCAGUUUCUCUAUACUCUGACAGACUUGGAACGCCAGUUGGAAGAGCAGAAGAAGCAAGCUCAGGAUCACAGGCUGAAAUCCCAGACGGUUCAAAAUGUGGUAUUGAUGCCUGUGAGCACUCCUAAGCCUCCAAAAAGGCCUCGGCUCCAGCGGCCAGCCUCCACCACUGUCCUGAGCCCUUCUCCUCCUGUCCAGCAGCCUCAGUUCACAGUCAUCUCACCUAUCACCAUCACCCCAGUGGGUCAGUCGUUUUCCAUGGGCAAUAUUCCAGUGGCUACCCUCAGCCAGGGCUCCAGUCCUGUGACUGUCCACACACUGCCUUCUGGCCCUCAGCUCUUCCGCUAUGCCACAGUGGUCUCCUCUGCCAAGAGCAGCUCACCAGACACAGUGACCAUUCACCCUUCAUCCAGCUUGACGCUACUAAGCUCUACUGCCAUGCAGGAUGGGAGUACCCUGGGCAAUAUGACCACCAUGGUGAGCCCUGUGGAGUUGGUGGCCAUGGAGUCUGGCCUGACCUCGGCAAUACAGGCUGUUGAAAGCACCUCAGAGGAUGGGCAGACCAUCAUUGAGAUUGACCCAGCCCCAGAUCCAGAGGCUGAGGAUACUGAGGGCAAAGCAGUCAUUUUGGAGACAGAGCUGAGGACUGAGGAGAAAGUUGUGGCUGAGAUGGAAGAACAUCAGCAUCAAGUCCACAAUGUGGAAAUUGUGGUCUUAGAGGAUUAACUGGGGAUAUCGGGGCCAGGAGACAUGUUUUGGUUUUAAAUUGUAAUUAUUUGUUUACUUUUAUCAUUGUCCCACUCAUUUCCACAUAGGAUCCUUUUUAAAAAAACAAAACAAAACAAUAUCUGGUUGCUCUAACUGAAAAUGUUGGGUACCUUCCACCCCCUCAUUGAAAAAAUGGACAAAAAACAAGCUGCCCUUCCAGAAGUUGAGAGUAGGUCACGCAAUGUCCUCAUCCUCUUACACCAAGAAAGUUAUUUCUUUCAGGGGAGGCAUCAAGAUAACCAGAAACCCCAUCCUGAAAGCCCUUUCCAGGCUAGCCUACCUGUGUAUGCAUGUGGUUUUAUUCCUGUAAAGAUGCAUUGACCAAACUCUGGAACACAGACCUGAUACUGGAAGGCAACCCACUCACACAUGGAUGCAGAAGGAUAGUUCAUUUUGUAUCCUGGAUUGGGCCCUCAGAGGCCAGUGCAAAACUCUGAAACAAAAGGAAGUUGAACUCUGCUUGAAGGGGAACUCUGUUGCUUGGAGCAGCAGCUUAAAAAGGGAAGUGCUUUGGCCAGGAUGGGGCAAAGAAAUUAUCUUAUUUCCCGAAGUGCAACUGAUACCUCUUGAUAUCUCUGAGGGUUACCACUAUGGGUGCUAAUUCGAGGAGAGGCCACUGAUAAGUGGAAGGGUACAGUGCCAUGGAGCAAGUAGCAUCAGGAGAAAUAGAAAUCCAGGGAUGUCACAGCUGUGCUUUGGGAUUCAAGCCCACCUUGCCCCUAACUUUGUCAAAGCACUUACCUUUCUAAACUAGGAUGAGUCCGUUCAUUUGUAAACUGUGUGAUACGGUGUAAGUUGCUCUUGGUCUAUGGCUGUUGUGGUGGUUGGGCCUCCAAGACCAUUAUUUUUAUUGCAUGACUCCAGGAGCAGGGGAGUUCCUUAUCCAGACCAGCUGCCCUUUUUGGUGGGGCCCUUUUUUGGCUUUGGAACCAAAAGCAGCCACUCAUUUGGUGCUUCCUCUUGUUCUACCCUCCAUCCCUCACUCUUAAUGGCAUCUGUCUCCUGGAUCCCAUACUUUUCAGCUUUUUGGCUGAUUUGGAGAACAGUGACAGUUGCCUGCCUUCAUCCCCUUUUAGAUUCAUUUAUACCACAGAUAUUUCUGUGAUAUUGAACUCAUAAAAAAACUUUAGUUGGCAGGAAGACUAAAUACCCCCAGCCUAUCCUGAGGUCGAGGGGAUGUCUCCUCCUGAGCGAGCUGGACUCCCUGGGAAAGAAGCAUUGUCUGCAACAUUAUAUUAUAGGAAAUGUACCAGGAAUGUCAACAAUAAUGUCUUUGGAGUAGGGGGGUGUAUCUUAUUUUCUUUCUUUUUUUUAAUGUUGUUUGUAUAUUUAGAGCUGGGCCAUUUUCUGUGCUGUGAUUCCUUUUUUACCAUCUUCAGUGUUUGGGGCAAGAGUGGACCCUGGUUUUUAUUUCUUUUGGUUGCAUUGUUUACUGCACUAGGAAAAAUACAGGGGAACCACAGACAGUUUAAAAGAAAAAUAGGUCAAAAAGAAAGCACACA